AUGUUGGAGCAGCAGUCGUCGCUGUCGACGAAGGUGGCGCAGCGCAUGUCGUUCGGGCUGCUGGGGCGCGGCGCGGGCGCGGCGGCGCGCUGCGAGUUCGUGCGCAUGAAGGGGCCCGGCGGGAAGGGACACGCGGAGGUGGCGGUGUCUCGGCCGCGCACGUCGGGCGUGCACACGCCCAGUUCGGAGCCCGGCCUGGCCGCCGCCGAGCUGUGGGACAGCGACUGGGAGGACGACCCCGACGAACUCUUCUUGUAUAGGCACCAGCGGCGGCUGAGCGACCCGAGCGCCAACAUCGCGACGUUCGUGCGCGGCGGCUGGCGCGCGCGCGGCGAGCGCGGCGACCGCUCCCGCUCCGAGGACGCGGGGCUGGACGCGCUCGGCGCCGGCGUGGCCGAGGUGGAGGCCGGCGACCUGCGCGACGGGCGCGAUCGCGGGCGGCGGGCUCCCUCCAUGCGCGACGUGUACCGGCGCGCGCCGCCCGACCUCUCCCCCGCCUGCCUUCACACCGUGUCGCCGCGCCGCCGCCCCGUGCGCCGCGCGCCGCAGCCGCCGCCGCUGCGCCCGCUGCCGCGCGCGCGCGCCCCGCAGCCGCCGCUACCGCCUAGCGCCGACUGCGAGCUGGCGCGCGACUGCCUGGCCUCCCCGCCCGCCGCCGCCGCGCCCGCGCGCGCUCACGCGCCGCCGCGCGACGCCGUCACCGUGCGUGGCGAGGAGGAGCUGCCGGCGGCGCGCGUGCAGGGCGCGGCGCGCGCGCAGGGUGGGGCAGGCGGGGAGCGCUGGAGCGCGGGCGCGCGCGCGUACGUGACACUGCCGCGGCGGCGCGGCGUGGCGGCGGUACUGUUCCAGCAGGCGCCGCUGCCGCCGCGCCGCACCACGCCCGACGGCACAGACAUCUACUACUGGUGCGACCUGCCGCGCCGCAAGCUCUCGGAGCUGGACGACGGCGCGUACAACCCGCUGUGGGCGAUGCGCGGCUUCACGCAGACGUUCCACCUGUGGAAGGAGGGGCGGCGCGCGCAGUCGGCGCCGCUCAACGCCUUCCUCACCUACGUCACGCUGCCCUGGUGGAGCAUCGCCAAAGACAUCCUGGACCACCGCGAGGAGCCCAUCCUGACGUUC